AAAUCAUCUUAGCCUCGCGAUUCGUGUAACAUCUCCCAGGGCCAUACAUAUAUAAAGGCCCACUUUCUAUGCAUGCGGUGUUGAGAAAUUUAAAUAUUUUGCAGAGCAAUUGAAGCCGAGAGAAGAAGAAAAGAUGAGGCUGUUGAAAGUGGCGACGUGUAAUUUGAACCAAUGGGCUAUGGAUUUCGACUGCAAUAUGAAGAACAUAAAGGAUUCGAUUUCUAGGGCUAAAGCGGCGGGAGCUGUGAUCAGGCUCGGCCCCGAGCUCGAAAUCACUGGCUAUGGCUGCGAGGAUCAUUUCCUCGAACUCGACACCGUCUCUCAUGCGUGGGAGUGCUUAAAAGAAUUACUACUAGGUGAUUGGACAGAUGGCAUAUUGUGUAGUUUUGGAAUGCCUGUUGUCAAAGGGUCAGAGCAUUACAACUGUCAAGUAUUUUGUCUUAACAGGAAAAUAUUAAUGAUACGACCCAAGAUGUGGCUAGCAAAUGAUGGAAACUACAGGGAACUUCGAUGGUUUACGGCAUGGAAGAGAAGAGAUCUUGAGGAUUUUCAGCUCCCAAGUGAAAUUUCUGAAGCUUUGUCUCAGACAACUGUGCCAUUUGGCUAUGGCUAUAUCCAGUUUUUAGACACAGCUGUUGCAGCUGAAGUUUGUGAGGAACUUUUUGUACCUUCACCACCCCAUGGUGAACUUGCAUUGAAUGGCGUUGAAGUGUUUAUGAAUGCAAGUGGAAGCCAUCAUCAAUUAAGAAAGCUUGAUCUUCGCAUUCGUGCUUUCAUAAGUGCCACACACACACGGGGAGGAGUGUACAUGUACAGCAAUCAACAAGGAUGUGAUGGUGGUCGGCUUUAUUUUGAUGGAUGUUCUUGUGUGGUUGUCAAUGGAGAUCUUUUAGCUCAAGGUUCACAAUUUUCUCUGAAGGAUGUUGAAAUGGUGUUUGCUGAAAUUGACCUAGAUGCGGUUGCUAGUCUUAGAGCAUCUAUCAGUAGUUUUCAAGAGCAGGCUAGUUGCAAACCAAAAGUUUCUGCAGUAGUUGUUGCUUACAAGCUUUGCCAAUCCUUUAAUCUCCAAAGGUCACUAUCUAGUCCUCUUAAGAUUAGGUAUCACUCCCCCGAGGAGGAAAUAUCUCUUGGGCCUGCUUGCUGGCUAUGGGAUUAUUUAAGAAGAAGUGGUGCAUCUGGUUUUUUGCUCCCACUUUCAGGUGGUGCAGAUAGUUCCUCUGUUGCCGCAAUAGUUGGAUCAAUGUGUCAGCUUGUAGUUAAAGAAAUUGCAAAUGGGGAUGAACAAGUCAAAGCUGAUGCUAUGCGAAUUGGCCAUUACACUGAUGGAAAGUUCCCAACAGAUAGCAAAGAAUUUGCUAAACGGAUAUUUUAUACAGUUUUCAUGGGAUCUGAAAAUAGUUCUGAAGCCACCACAUCUAGGGCAAAGCUUCUGGCCGAUGAAAUUGGAUCAUGGCAUCUUAAUGUUAGCAUAGAUGCAGUGGUCUCUUCUCUGAUCUCUUUGUUUCAAACACUUACCGGGAAGCGUCCACGCUAUAAGGUAGAUGGGGGAUCAAACACUGAGAACUUGGCACUGCAAAAUAUUCAAGCUCGAGUCAGAAUGGUCCUAGCAUUCAUGCUAGCAUCACUCCUUCCAUGGGUUCAUAGUAAACCAGGUUUUUAUUUGGUUUUGGGUAGCUCCAAUGUAGAUGAAGCAUUGCGUGGUUAUCUAACAAAGUAUGAUUGCAGUUCAGCUGAUAUAAAUCCAAUUGGAAGUAUCAGUAAGACGGAUCUUCGAACAUUUCUGAGAUGGGCAGCCAUUCAUCUUGGUUACUCAUCCUUGGCAGAAAUUGAAGCAGCUCCUCCCACUGCUGAAUUGGAGCCUAUACGAUCCAACUAUAGCCAGCUGGAUGAAGUGGACAUGGGAAUGACAUAUGACGAACUCUCAGUUUAUGGAAGAAUGCGCAAGAUUUUCCGCUGUGGGCCUGUAUCAAUGUUUAAGAAUCUCUGUUACAAAUGGGGUACAAAGUUAACGCCAAAGGAGGUGGCUGAUAAAGUAAAGUAUUUCUUCAAGUACUAUUCCAUUAAUAGACACAAGAUGACUGUGUUAACACCUUCAUACCAUGCUGAGAGUUACUCACCAGAGGACAACAGGUUUGAUCUUCGACAGUUUUUGUACAAUGUCAGAUGGCCUUACCAGUUCCGCAAAAUCGAUGAACUUGUGAAUGAGCUUGAUGGUGACCGGGUUGCCAUCACAAAAUCAACUGCCCAGGAAACGGCGGAUGUCACUACAGAUGGUGGCAUGGGUGUUGUGGCAGCAGGUGCAGGCAACCCAAGAGCUGGUGUUUAGUUUCAAAUUUUCAAUUAUCUGAACCUUAACUCCCUAAAGCUUGCACUUAUCGGUUCUCAGUCAUUUCAUUCCGGUUAAAGAUUUGACCAUACUCUUUGCAUCCUGAUACAGUGUAACAUGUAUUUACAGCAUUUCUACUCCCUUGGUUGAAAUAAUUAUUACAUUGAUCAAAU